AUGGCUUCCUGGGACGCCAAGGGCAAGUUCGCCGUCGUCACCGGCGCUGGCAGCGGUAUCAACCUUGCAUUUGCCGAGCAGCUUCUCACAGCAGGCUGCUCCGUUAUCUUUGCUGACAUUGCUCUGCGUCCGGAGGCAGAGGAACUCAUCGCCAAAUAUCCCCAUCCAUCCAAAGAUGAGUCGCCAUCUGCCGUCUACCACAAGAUGGAUCAGUCCAACUGGGCUCAGGUAUCAGAGACGUGGGAGUUUGCCCUAAAGACGUUUGGCAGGGUCGACCUUCUCUGCCCCGGAGCUGGCAUCUGGGAGCCCCCAACAAGCGCUUUCUGGGAUCUUCCGGGUGUCUCGCCGCUGGCCCAGGAUGACCCAAACGCUGCCCCCGGAGUGUACAACAUCUUCGCCGUCAACGCGAUGGGGCCCAUUCGUUUCGCUCAGAUCGCCAUCGACUACUGGCUGCAGAACAAGAUUGCAGGCAACUUGAUCUUCGUGUCGUCCCUGAGCGCAUACCUCCCAACCAUCGGCACGCCGCUCUACAACGCCACCAAGGGCGCUCUCAACUCCUUCACUCUGAGCCUGGCCCAGAUGAAGGCCCGCCUCGGCAUCCGAGUCGCGUCCAUGUGCCCCGCGACCACGUUCACACCAGCAGUGCUCCAACCGUACUGCGUAGGAAAAGUUCGCGAGCAAGACAUGAACAUGUCGGCCAAGGAGUGUGCCGAGGUAAUGCUGCGCAUAGUGACGGACGCCGCGUAUGGUGACGGGCAAGUUGUCGAGGCUAUGCAGUUUGGGAGCAAGGAGAAGUCGGAUGUGAGGGUGCGUGUGGUGCCGUACCAGAGCCUGCUGCCCGACAUUGACUUUGAGGGUGAUUUCAGCGGGAAAAACAUCCUGGUGGAGGAAGAGAAGCUGUGGCAAAAGUUGAAGACGGAGGGUGUGAGGUCAUGA